AUGAAACAGAACCUGAUAGUGGCAGUGAAAGAUAACGGCCAGCCGUCUCUGUCUGCCACGUGUGCCAUGUAUUUACUUAUUUCUGAUAACUUGGCUGAGGUGCCAGAACUGAAGGACAUUUCUUACGAUGAGAAGAACUCCAAACUGACCUCUUACCUGAUCAUCGCACUGGUGUCUGUGUCCACCUUCUUUCUGACCUUCAUCAUCAUCAUCCUGGGUGUGAAGUUUUGUCGCAGGAAAAAGCCCAGACUGUUGUUUGAUGGAGCAGUGGCCAUCCCCAGUGCUUAUCUCCCUCCUAAUUACGCAGAUGUUGACGGCACAGGAACUUUACGCAGCGCUUACAAUUAUGACGCGUAUCUGACAACAGGAUCUAGAACCAGUGACUUUAAGUUUGUAUCAUCUUACAAUGACAACACGCUGCCAGCUGACCAGACUCUGAAGAAAAGCCCAACAGACUUUGAUGAUGCAUUUGGAGAUGGGGAUAUUUUGUCUGAGGAUAUUUCUUACGAUGAGAAGAACUCCAAACUGACCUCGUACCUGAUCAUCGCGCUGGUGUCUGUGUCCACCUUCUUUCUCACGUUCAUCAUCAUUAUCCUGGGUGUGAGGUUUUGUCGUAGGAGAAAGCCCAGACUGUUGUUUGAUGGAGCAGUGGCCAUCCCCAGUGCUUAUCUACCUCCUAAUUACGCAGAUGUUGACGGCACAGGAACUUUACGCAGUGCUUACAAUUAUGACGCGUAUCUGACAACAGGAUCUAGAACCAGUGACUUUAAGUUUGUUUCAUCUUACAAUGACAACACGCUACCAGCUGACCAGACUUUGAAGAAAAGCCCAACAGACUUUGAUGAUCCCUUUGAAGACUUGGAGACAUCUCAGGAGUUGAUGUUUAUCUGA